GAUAAAGCUGGACAGCUGGGGAGACCACAGUUUCAGGCUGUGUGCGACUUCUCACCUACCUGCAGUAGGCAACAUGCCUUUGGUCCUACUUUCUAUCCUCUGGCUCAUCACUCCAACUCAAGCAAUGGCCAUAAAGCAAACACCUGAAUUAGAGCUCUAUGAAGUAGUUCGCCCUAAAAAACUACACAUUUUACACAAAAGGGAGAUACAAAACAACCAGACAGAGAAUGGCAAAGAGGACAGAUAUGAACCUGAACUUCAGUAUCAGAUUACAUUAAAUGGAGAAGAAGUUGUUCUUCACCUACAAAAAAGCAAACAUCUCUUGGGGCCAGACUACACCGAAACGUAUUACUCACCCGGAGGGGAGAAAAUCACUACAAGCCCUCAGAACAUGGAGCAUUGCUACUAUAAAGGACACAUCCUCAAUGAAAAGGAUUCUGUUGCCAGCAUUAGUCUUUGCGAUGGGUUGAGAGGAUACUUCGCAUAUCAUGACCAAAGAUACAUGAUAAAGCCUCUGAAAAGUACAGACCAAGAAGAACAUGCUGUCAUCACAUAUAACCAGGAAGAGCUUGACCUGGCUAAUCACACCUGUGGUGUAAGAAGUGUUGGCAGGAAACAAGGCCAUGUUCGAACCUCUAGGUCACUCAAUAGCCCGGAGCAAGAAGACUUUCUUCAGGCUGAGAAAUACAUUGAUCUCUUUUUGGUGCUGGAUAAUGCCUUCUACAACAUAUAUAAGGGGAAUCUAACUUUGAUAAGAAGCUUUUUGUUUGAUGUGAUGAACCUACUCAAUGUGAUCUAUAAAACAAUAGAUGUUCAAGUGGCAUUGGUGGGUAUGGAAAUCUGGUCUGACGCUGAUAAGAUAAAGGUGGUACCCAACACAGGUGCCACCUUUAACAACUUUCUGAAUUGGCAUCGUUCCAACCUGGAGAAAAUGAAGAUACACGAUCAUGCACAGCUACUCAGUGGAAUUGACUUCACCAAUCGACGUGUAGGAAUGGCAGCCACGAAUUCCUUGUGUUCCCCAUCUUCAGUUGCUGUUAUUGAGGCUAAGAGAAAGAAUAGUGUGUCUCUUGUAGGAGUGAUGUCACAUGAAUUAGGUCAUGUCCUUGGUAUGCCUGAUGUUCCAUAUUACACCAAGUGUCCCUCAGGGAGUUGUGUGAUGAAUCAAUAUCUGAGCUCAAAAUUCCCAAAAGAUUUCAGUACAUCCUGCCGUGCACAUUUUGAGAAAUACAUUUUAUCUCAAAAACCAAAGUGCCUGCUACAAGCACCAAUUCCUAAGAAUAUAAUAACAAAGCCCGUGUGUGGGAACCAACUUCUGGAAGUAGGAGAAGAUUGUGAUUGUGGCCCUCCUAAGAAAUGUUCCAAUCCUUGCUGUGAGGCCACGACCUGUAAAUUAAAAUCUGGAGCUGACUGUAGAGGAGCCACUCUGAACCAUAUCAUACAGUGAAUCAAAAAAUCUCCUUCAUUGAGAUGCUACUUGCCGGGACAAGAAUCAAGAGAUCUAAACUCACCAGAAAUCUUGUGUAUUUUCACUGUUGCAUUUAGAUAUAUAUUCCAUUUGGAAUUGUACUUCUUCUAUUUUUAUCAGCCUAGCCAACAGGUAGAGGAAUUCAGAGAAAUUGCCUGUUUUCUAAAGUCUGAUCUUCAAUGUAUUUUUAAGGAUGGUGAAGCUAACUCUGCUCUUUGGGGAACAAAAGAAAUUAGCCUUUGACCAAAACGCCUCAAGGUGCCACCGAAUUAAACAGGCUCAAUUAAGAACUGUGAAGCUACAAGUGACUGACAUUUUUACCCCAACCUCAUUUUGCUUGUGUAGCCCAUGGCAGAGCAAGUCCACUCGAUGAGAGAAGCUUUGGCAGAAGAAGGGAGAACAGAAUUCACCUGUCAUUUUAUUACCCUUCAGUAUUCUACUUAUCUUGUUCUUAGAAGUGUGGUAUUUGUCCAUAUCAUGUCAAGACUAAUUACAUAGAAACAUAUUGCAUUUCAUCAUGUAUGAUCCUUUCUCACCAUCACAUGUAAUGCUAAUUUUGAGAAGGCUUCACGCUCACAUUUUGAUUUACUAUCAAAGAAUGUUUUAUUCAUCCAUUGAUGGAAUAUACACCUUACUGUCAAUGAAUAAAACCGCAAAUGUUUGAGA